UGCGACUGCAGAAUAACCAAGGCAAUGAUAUAAACGCCAUGCAGCAACGUUCAUUUCCCUCAUUUUGUCUCGCUAUAGGCGAUGGAACGACACAUACCCUUCCCGGUCAAGAACGUCUACCUUCACGGGAGAAUAUUCGCCUUCCUAGGGAGUGGUACAUGCCUACAACGAACUUUGGAGAGCGCUACAUUGGAUGACAUGACACGGUUUUCCAACCAUUGCCUCUUGGCCCCAACAAAUAGAGACACCGAUGCAAUCAACAGCAUUUGUAGCAACCGUUUCCCGGGACAAGAGAAGGUAUGCUAUAUCACACGCUAUGCAUACUGAUUAGCCGUCUCAUUUGCUCUUUAACGUAGAACUGCCGGAACACAGCUGACGUUAGAAGUGAACAUGCCUGUCAUGCUGAUGCUCAACCUGGAUACCAAAGCUGGACUUUGUAACG